GAUAUACAAUAGGAUUGUUGAAAUUGUUCUCUGAUGGCGUCCGGGGAUCAUCUUGACCCGGGAUUUCACGACUUUAUUAAAAGUGUCUGCAGACGUCGUAGCUUGGAGGAGGAAAAGGAAUUUGUCAACCAUGAACUGGAGCAAAUCAAAGAGAGCUUGGAGAAAAACGGUGUUUUACAGGACUCGGUGUAUGACUAUCUAUGUCGUCUCGUGUUCUGUCACAUACUUGGAUAUGAUGUCUCUUUUGGUCUCAUCUACCCAGUAAUGCUGGCAAUGCAGGGCUCUGGAUUAGAGAAAAGAAUAGGUUACACCACAGCCAUGUUGCUCCUUCACUCAGAUCAUGAACUAUCUCUUUUUUUGUUGAGUAGCAUUCAGAUGGACCUGAAUAGGACUAACAUUUUGGAUAACUGUAUUGCAUUGUCAGCUGUCUGUCAUCUUGUCAACUCGAGGGAAGAAUACGUCAGCAUGUAUUUGUCUGGAGUUCAAGAUAAAUUACAGCAUCCAAGUGAGUUGGUGAGAAUGAAGGCAGCAUGUUGUAUCCUGAGGUUUAUAAGGACCAUCCCCAGCUACCAGGGCCAUCUACAGGACAACAUAAAAAAGCUUCUGUAUGACAAAGAUCCAGGGGUCAUGUCUAUAGGGGUCAAGAUACAACUAGAACUGCUCAGAGGAAAUCAGAACAGCCCAAACUUGACCUCUGACCUUAUCAAAAUUCAACAGCAGCUAAUGAACAGGAGCCUCCCAUCAUCCUUUGAGUACCAUGGCAACCCAUUACCAUGGUUACAGAUUGACAUACUGAGAGCUUUGGCAGUUCUUGGUAGAGGAAGUAAAAAGAACAGUGAAGACAUGUACCCCCUGCUAAGAAAUGUCUUGGAUAAAACUGACAUGAGAGAGAAAAUGACUUAUGCAAUCUUGUAUGAAUGCAUUGUGACCAUCACCAAUAUUGUGCCUCAUCGAGAACUUCUGAGUGAGGCAAGUAGCAAAGUGAAAAAAUUCAUCUCCUCAACAAGUUACGUCGUCAAGUACAUAGGUGUGAAGGCCCUGUCACAUUUGAUAACAAAGAGUCCAGAGAACUGUCAGAUUAUUCUUGUAGAGCUCCAAGAUGACCCAGACCCAGCCGUCCAAUCAAAGAUUGCAGAGCUUCUGCACAGUAUAGCUAAGGAGACAGAUGUCAAGAUUGGCAAGAAAGUGGCUGAAAUGAAGAAUCUUGGGUCUGAGGAACUUCUUACAUUCAAUUCUACCUCCACAGACUGGAGAGCUCUUAGUGCUGAAGAGUCACGUAAGGGAGAUAAAUCAAAUGAAGUCUUGGAAAAUAAUGAUUAUAAAACAUCCACAGAUUUAUUAGAUUUUUCAGAAACUAAGAUAUUCUCAGAACAUUUCGACUCCCAUGAAACAUUACUCUCAGUUAAUAAUCAUAACAAGGAAAGUUUUCCAAAUAAUAAACAAUGCAUGAAAUCACUAUACCAAGAAAAGGACUUCAGUCUAGAGAAAGCAGGGUUUUACAGCAGAGAACCCCCUCCUCUAAGUAGUGAAGAUUUUUCUGAAGAUGGAAUGAGCUUAUUGGCUAAGCAGCCAUUUUCUGGUUGUGAUGAAGAUAUGGUUGAAGGGAGCCUCAUGUUUAGUCAGGAAAAUUUGGAAAGUUUCAGCCAAUUAAAUUUAGACAUACCCCAAAGCAAAGACAAGGAGAGUGAAAGUACAUGUAGUUUAUUUAGUAAAACCAAAUCAAAUUUUUACAGUUUAAAAAGUGAAUGACCAGACAUUGAAGCCAUUCAAAGAUAGGUCAAUGUUGAUGACAGUUUAUGUAGUCAGUAUAAUACAUGAGUGUGACUGUGAAGAUUCUGUUACAAUGUAACAAGUGAUAAUGUCAGCUAAAACACAAAAUAAAUGUACUAUGUUUUUUAUUAUUUUUUUUUAUUGAAUGACACUGUAUGCAAAUGAUCUACACAAACAUUUUAUUGUCAACAUGCAUAGGAUGUAGUUUAAGGUUCAAUUGUGAGACUUUUUGCAUAAAUGAUCAGUGUGUUGUUACAUCCUUCAAACAAUGUUAGUUGUAUUUGUUUGCAAUAUCAGAAGCGUAACUGUGAUAAAA